GAUCCUUUCUUAAGUGCAUUUUUAUAUCGUUUCUCCUACAGCGCUCUCCAAGCAACAUGCCAAGGCGCCCCAUCGCAGCUCCUGAACACCCUGAGCACGAACAAGAAGCGUGCAGAGAGAGAGCACAAUUCACUCCUAAGAUUUUACACGGGAAGAGCAGAAUUUUGCACAAGGGCUGCAAAGAGAGCCCCCCCGCCCCGCUUUCCCUCCCGGGGGGCCGCAGCCGGGCGAUGCCCACCAACCUGGAUGCGGGUCAACGGCAGCGGCCCGCAGAGGCUCCUCCUCCCCUCCAGCCGACCACCUUCCCCUGUCCCCCGGGAAGGCCUCUCCGGCGUGGAGGCCCGGCUCGGUCUCUCCUCGCUUCCCGAAGCCCGUUCCCGGCAGCGCCGCCCGGCCGCUCCUCCAGCGCCUCCCCGAGGCCCGGCGGCGCUUGGGCCAAGCCGGAUGGGAGCCGCGGCAUGGAGCUCUCCGAGGCCUCCUGCUUCUCGGCAGCCUUCAGCUGCGCCUUCCUCGCCUCCUGCCUGCUUUUCUCGGCGCUCAACCGGCAGCAGCGGGCGGCGUACAUGGACGAGGCCUUCCACGUCCCGCAGGCGCAAGCUUAUUGCGCGGGCCGCUUCGGGCAGUGGGAUCCGAUGAUCACCACCUUGCCUGGUUUGUACUUGCUGUCAGUUGGACUUCUGAAGCCUGCAGCCUGGCUCUUUGGGUGGUCUGAAAGCAUAGUCUGCUCUACAGGAAUCCUCCGGUUCAUUAAUCUGCUUUUCAGCAUUGGGAACUUCUAUUUAUUAUAUUUGCUCUUAUGCAGGAUACACCAUAAAAAGGCUGCCUCUAGAUUCCAGAGAAUCCUGUCAACCUUGACACUAGCAAUAUUUCCAACUCUUUAUUUUUUUACAUUCCUUUAUUAUACUGAUACAGGGUCAACAUUUUUUACUCUCUUUGCAUAUUUAAUGUAUCUUUAUGGCAAUCACAAAACCUCAGCAUUCCUUGGAUUUUGUGGGGUUAUGUUUCGCCAGACGAAUAUUGUAUGGACCAUCUUCUAUGGUGGAAGCAUUGUUGCAGAAAAGCUAAGUGAAGACUGGAAAGUGGAAUUACUGAAAAACAAAGAGAAGAAAAACUUACCAACACAGAGCUUCUUUUCAGAAUCAAUCCGGAUCAUUAGAUUUCUCCUUGGGUACUUUAUGUCACUUAAAAACUUGAGCAGUCUGAUUCUCUUGACAUGGCCAUACAUUACUGUGGUGCUGCUGUUUGCGUCUUUCGUUGUCCUCAAUGGUGGCAUCGUGCUUGGGGACAGGAGCAGCCACGAAGCCUGUCUGCACUUCCCUCAACUGUUUUACUUUUUUUCCUUUGCUCUUUUUUUUUCCUUCCCUCUUCUAGUGACCCCCAGUAAAAUUAUCAAUUUUCUUCAUUCUGUGAGGACCCAUUUGCUACAUUAUAGUAUCCUCACCAUUGUCUCUUUAUUCCUUGUCUGGAAAUUUACUUAUGCGCAUAAAUAUUUGCUUGCAGAUAAUAGACACUACACGUUUUAUGUGUGGAGAAAAAUCUUUCAGAGACAUGAACUUGUCAAGUACAUAUUAGUCCCGGUUUAUAUAUUUGCUGGUUGGAGUUUCAUAGAUGCACUGAAGUCAAAAUCGGUUUUCUGGAACUUAGUAUAUUUUGUAUGUUUGUUUGCCAUCGUAGUUCCACAAAAGCUUCUAGAGUUCCGUUAUUUCAUUUUGCCGUAUAUCGUAUAUCGGCUUAAUAUUCCUAUGCCAUCACUUUCGAAACUUUUCUUAGAGUUGAUUAUAUACCUUUUGGUGAAUGCAAUAACAUUCCAUUUCUUUUUGAACAAACCAUUUAAGUGGCCAAAUAAUGAGGAAAUCCAGAGGUUUAUGUGGUAAUGUUUUGGUUUCUAAAACCUAUUCUAGAUCUUUUUGCUACAGAUAACAGGUUACAAUUUAGAAACUUCAUCAAGGAAAAUGAAGCAUUCUAGAAGUUUUUAUAAUGAAGUAAAUGUGAAAUGUGCAGGGUUUUUGCAGACACUGGACUGUUACGAGGAUAGCAUCUUAGUAAUUAAUUCCUAAAAGAUCAGGGAAAUUUUAUCCAUGUAUCCAAACUAAUGUGAAUGUAGGGACAUUUCAGUCAUACCAGUUAUGCUACAGAAAUCAUACAUUUGGGCUGUUUUCAUUGUGUUUCUGUACAUGUGUAACAAAUGAUUGAAAAUAAGUUUUAUUUGAUACCACUCAAUUAUCAUACUGUCUUUUCACCAUGCUUGGGGAAUACUGUUUCGUGCUUGUGUUAUCAUGAUGUUGGAUUUUACCUUUUGAUGGGAACAUUUAAUUCUUUUAUAAUGUUUGGGGUCUAGGGGACAAUGAUAGGUGAAAGCCACAUAAUUAUUAUCAGUUUAUUGCAAUUAAAAUGAAUGAGAAAAAUAUUUCUCAGAUUAAGGCUUUAAUCUUGGACUUAUUUUUCUGGCAGGAAACUUAAAAUCAGUGGGACUUAAUUGUAUGUAGACAUGGAUAGGAUUGUAGAGUAAAACAAUAGGAGUGGCAAGAAGGAAGUUGAUUAUGAGCUUGAGAACCAUGCUUAAUUGACAUGUCAUGGGCAGAUACUGAACAAUGAACUUGAUUUGUUAAUCACUGAAAGAAUAUCUAGAUAUCAUAGGUUGCUAUACCGAGUACAGUGAAUCAAUUUGUAGUCUCACAAUAAGCCAUAAAUUUUAAAAUACUUUGCUAAAUACUUAGGGCUGUAUGUUUUUAUUUUCCUAAAAGCAGUCCCCAGUGAACUUCAUGUGUCUUCUCAAUAAACAUGCAUAGCAUACCUGCAGUCCUAAGUAUGCUUUUUAGAAAUGGUUCUCUUGAAUUAAGUUGGAAUUAUCUUAGUAUAAAGAAUGGCCUAGGCUCAAUUUUAUCCAUUGUAAAUAUUCUAUAACAUUUGAGAAUUGAUACUCCAUUUAUAAUAAACAAUGAUAGGUAAUGCUUAGAAGUAAAUCAAGAGGGUUCCAGGGCUUCUAAUUACUAUUAACAAGAUGCCAAUUCUCAAAAUGUUAUAGGAUGAUAGUUCUAUAGGUUGAUUUUGCUAUCAACAUAAUGUCAAACUAUGGCAGCUAAAAAUAUGUUUUUUAAAAAAAAUAAAACCUGAUAUUCUUCAAAUUCUAGUAACUUGCAUGCUGCAUACCAAAAGAUAAAAAUCAAAUCAGUGUUCCUUAUAUUUAUGGGCCAUAAUCCUUGGGUAAAGCAUGCUUAAGGAUGAGAAAAGAAAUAUUUAGAACUCUACUUAAUAAGAACACUUUGCAAUGACUAAUAUAAAAAAUUAAAUAUAGUUUUUCAUCACAAACCAAAUAUAAACACAACUGUUGAUGGCAAGUAAUAAAUGUUAGUAUUUGUUUUAGCUUUUCUGUCUCUCUGGAAUGCAUUCAAGAGUACUUCAAUUGUAAAAGAUUCCUCCCGCCCAUGAUUAUAGGCUUAAUUUUCCAUGGCUCGUGUAAUAGAAAGAUGAUGCAGAUUUUUUGGGUGGGGAAGCAUUGAACACAUAUAACAAACCCAUUUAUGUUUACUUAAAUUUAUUUUUUGUAAAUUAGAAAAUGUGUCUUUUGGGAACCUUCAUAUGGUCCUCAGCUGGAAGUUUAUAAAUGGUUACCAUGGUUUAUUUUCUCACAUGAAGAUAAGGCUUCCACUGAAAACUGUAUAGUAUCUUCUUGGCUUCUGCAAACUGUUCUUUUGAUUUCAAAGUGACCAAGUUUAAAGUGGGGCAUGUCAAUAGAUUUGUCACCCUGUACAUCUUUAAAAAUAGUACAAAUAGUACAUGGCUUUGGUAGACUUUUUGUGCAGAGAAUAGUCACAAUUAUCAUACUUGUGCACAAAGUUAAUAGGGAAAUUUAAAUUUCUCACAAAACAUGGAGGAUGGAAAGUUGACAGUAGACUCUCAAUUUAAUUUUGUACUUGAAGCUAUUAUCGUCCCUAUUUUCCAAUCCUCUCCCCAUUAUGAAUGUCAUGGCUUUCUUUGAUGAAUAGAUCAUGUUGAAUCAAUAUUACAAUUCAAUAAAAUAAGCACUUUAGAUCUGCAAGUAGUGGCUAACUUGAUUAGAUUAUUCUUACUUUAUGGCUCGCCUCCUUUUCUAAUACCAUCACUUAUAUACCACAUUACACUGCCAAGUUAAGGGCAUUAAUUGCUUCACUAUCUAAGGCAACUUGGAAGCACAUUUCUAUCUUCAAGCUGAGAAAGAUCUCUAAGUCAUUCUUGUCCUUGUUCUUACCCAGGGAGCCUGCAUCAGGCUUCUGGACAAAAACUAAAUCUGUUGAUGAAUCCAGAGAUGAAGGCACCUCCAUUUCUGGUAUAUUUUAUUGCUCUGUGCAUUCUUUUCUAUAACUUGCUUGUUCAGAUCGAAAGUGUCUUGCCUUUCAGAUAGAAAGGGUGAAAAAUGGGCUUGAAUUCUACUGUUUGAAAGUCUUACGCUCUUUCAGAGUAAGGCAGGAAAAUGCUAGAGACAAAGCAAGGAUAUGUUACAAUCAAAUAGUCUAGUUAUUUUGUUAAAACAAAAUGAUAAUUAGGAAUUGAAAGGUUUGAGCUUCAAAUCACUUCCAUGUGAUCCCAUGAAUUUAUAAAAAAAAGGUUCUCGAGCGUAGUGUUCUGGACUGCAUAAAAUUUAGAGGCUGAUGUCCAGAAUACAAAACUUCAGAAUAUACAGUAACGUAAAAAGUUUCUUUGACACUUCCACUGUUUUCUGUCCAAGGUGUAAAUAUUAAGGAUGAAGACAAAAUGUGAAUGGUCUUUCAAGCAAAUUACUUAUUUAGACAAAAAAGUAUGCAGGUAAAAUUCUCAGGGCAGGGUUGUUAGAGAAACAAACAAAUUUAUUUAUUAGUAAUUUUCAGUAGCACUAACAGCAUUUAAUCUUUUUUGAGAAGCUAGAUUAUGAUUUGGUCAUUCUUUUGGAAACAGUUUAGUAACUCAAAAAGCAGUAUUCUCAUGAGAGUUGGCAUGAUUUAUUAAUAUUCCUACCAACUCCAAAUGAAACGGAACCUUAAAUUAUACUUACUGCUUACAGAAGAUGGCAAAGCCAACAUAAUCUUUGUUUUACUAUUCUGUUUGCUGACAUGCCAAUCUAACUAUUCGAUGAUUUUAUGAAGUAAUGGUUUGUUUCUUUUGGUAGCAUGUUCCCACCACUGCCAAAAACACACAGCACUGAUACAAAGUGCUUCCACCCGAUGCAGAGGGUGCAACUUUGGAGUGACGUUGCUAUUUACAGUACCGGGGCUUCUCUUCCAAGGAUUAUCUGCAUGCUUUUCAGUUAUUCCAAAAGGGGAAGUGAAUUACUGUUUACAGUUAUUCCUGACACUAUAUUAUGUUACAAUUAUUACUAAAGUCAUGUCUCUCUAUUGAAUUAAACAGUUGUGGGUCCUGUACAGGGGAAAGAAAGAUUGUUUUUUCUAUAUCAGUGUUUCUCAACCUUGACAACUUUAAGAUGUCAUGGCUGUCUAGGGAAUUCUGGGAGUUGAAGUCCAUGCACCUUAAAGUUGCCAUGGUUGAGAAACAUUGUUCUAUAUGGUCAAACAACCUUAGGGCACUUCUUCAUACUGGUUACUCAUUGUCCAUUUAGCACCAACGACAUGGUAUCACCUACAUAGAACAGUAUAAUCACAUUCAUGUCCCUGACACUCACAUUUCUAAUGUUACUAAAAUCAUUCCUUAUUCUUUUAUACAUAACUAUAUUUUGGGUAAGGAAUAUUACACAUCCUUAUCUUACUCCCUGCUGAAUGUUGAACCAGUUACUAACCAUUCCAUUCUCAUACUUUUUACUUCAUUCAGCAAUCAACUUCAGUGGCCCAGUCACUUUUUCUGUUAAAAAGUUGCUUGUUCCCACCCAUCCAUUUAUGUUGCCCGGAGAAUAAUUUUUCUCUUGGAUCUCAUUCAUUCAGAAUUUGCAUAUUUUUCCCCAGAAUUCAUCUCUGGUGUCUUUUCACUGUUGCCAUUCACAGCAUAGCAUGCUACUUUUACCAACCUGUAGAUUCCUAUAUUCAUUCUGCUUUCUCAACAGCUUAAUUAUCAUACUUCCUUACAUACAUUUUAGUGUUUUCAUUCAUUAAGCCUGUGACUUCUUUCCAUGCAUGUGAGAAAAUAAACUAUGGUAACCAUUUAUAAGCUUCCAACUGAGGACCAUAUAAAGGUUCCCUAAAGACACAUUUCAUCAGUAUUCAUCAGUCCAAUUCCUAAGAUCAGAUAAUCUUCAUUCAACUAUUAUAUCUUUUCCUGUUCACUGGCACACAUCUUUCUCUCUCUCUCUCUACCAUUUACUCAUCUUACAGUCCAAGUUGUACUUUUUCCAUAUGCCACCAGAUCUGUAGGCUAAUUCCCAGGAUUAACUGCAUUAUUACUGCUAUUGCUAUUUUUAUUUUUUAAUAGAAAUUAUAUUUAAUUCAAAAUCCUUUAUUAGAAAAGGGACCAAUAUCAGAGCUGAAACUGUGAUUUUUAUAGGAAUAAUUGAAUUUUUUAUUUUGCUAUUUCACUUCUCCUUCUAAAAAGAAAUCUAUCACUGACUAGCUGAGAAAUGAAAUGUUUGCUAACAGGGAUGUAUUUCCCUUUUGGAGAACAUGUUUAAAAUCAUGGUAAGUGUACAAUUUAAAGAAAAAUAUUCCAUUAAAAUCAUUUGGAGGAAUAAGGAAUAAAAAUGAAUAACAGGUUCACAUGGUGGCACUGUUGAGCUAUGUUUACUGUACAGCUCACAGCAUUUUAACAGCUUUUGAUUGAAUGUUUUUUUAGAACACAGGCCAGUAACUGGAGUAAAUGGGUUGUUCUAAAAUAUUUAUUCUCUGAAGCUGGAAUUAGUUGAGCUUUUAAAAUGUAUCAUCCAAGGGUUUUUCACCAUCAGUUCCUUUGACCAGACGUGUUAAAUGUCACCUGUAUUCAGGUGGGACACUCGGAGCCAAGAAGCUCUGGUCUCUAAAAUAGAUAUUUCUCUGUGGCAUCCAGGCAUCUUUUCUGAGCAUGGUCAACGAGGUCAAGAUGGCAGCCGCAACAGUGGAGCUUUGAUCACACUGUUGCCGCUGCCAUUUUGACUUCUUUUUUUUUAACUAUACCCUGUGCACUCCCCUGGUGGCAUCUCUUUAAUCUUUGAACCUGCACAAGUAUUUCUUCUUUUCUUUUUUUAAAUAGCUUUGUCCUCCAGCUAUGUUACACUAUAAUAGAUACCCAUCAUGGUGCAGGAGAGAAGUCUGGCUAUGUUGUUUACAAAACAUCCCACAGAUGUGAAAACCUGACCUAAAUCCAGUUAUUGACACCAUAGUUAGCAUACUUAGCUCAGGCAGACUUUGUCUCAAUGAGUGCUGAGUUUCCUUCUUUUGGUGGAUUUAUCUUUCAGUUCAGAACAUUUUAAAUGUCCAAACUUGAACUGACAUCAAUACAACCAAAGAUAUUUCAUUAGGGCAAUAAAAAAAUUAAUGGCCAAGAUGAUGGACAGAUUUAUAUACUUACCUCGUGAUGUAUUCUUUUAAUAUCUUGGAAGUACAUUUUCCUCUCUCUUCGCCAUGAUCAUUAGGAAGGUGUGAUAUACUAUGUCUAAUUUCCCCAAUUCUUCCCCCAGGCUAAAAACGAGUGAAUUAGUAAGAAUUGUACUUAGCCUCUGUAAUGCCUCUCCAGUAUUGUCAAAUGCACACCAUUGUAUUCCGCCCAGAUUCACAUAGGUGAGAUGGGAGCUUAUAUAAAAGUGAUGAAUAAAUAAAUACAUAAAUUUGUACUCUCAUCUUAUGUAUAUACUUCCUCCUUCCCAGUGUAAAGAGGAUCAACAGCUGAAUAAGUAAACCCACUGCCUUAUAGAGUUGACUUCUGCAGAAAUGAUCUGAACACAGCCAUGGAAUUCAACAGGGCAGCCAUAAAAUAUUGUUCAGAUUUUCUACAUUUUAAAAGAAAUCUUUCAAAAGGAAAGCAUUUAACCAACACUGUAUGUUAUAAAUAAACAAGGAAAUGGA